UGUCCCAGACAGCGCGGUGUGGCUUUCCGGCAGGCGGUGGGACUCGGAUCGUUCUUCGCGCGCUCUCCAGGAACUCAGCCAUCCCCCUGCCUCUGCCUCCCGAGUGCUGGGAUUAAAGGCGUCCGCCAGCAACGCCGGCCCUAGCCCCUUUCGUUAAGGCCGGAGGACCAGGCGUGUAAGGCCAGAUCCCGCUACCAAGCGAAUUGGAGGCCAUCCUGGACCGCAGAUUGAGACCUUCUCACAAAAAUACACCUCCCUCCUAAUACUAGGCAACUCUGAACCAGUGUAAUGGCAAAAAUGGAUGUCAGCCUGUGGUCCUCUCAUGAGAAGAUGUUGACACAGCCCCUCAAGGACAGUGACGCCGAGGUUUACAACAUCAUUAAAAAAGAGAGCUACCGGCAGAAGGUUGGAUUAGAGCUGAUUGCCUCAGAGAAUUUUGCCAGCAGAGCUGUGUUGGAGGCCCUGGGAUCUUGCUUAAAUAACAAAUACUCCGAGGGGUAUCCAGGCCAGAGGUAUUAUGGUGGGAAUGAGUUCAUUGAUGAGUUGGAGACACUGUGUCAGAAGCGUGCAUUGCAGGCCUAUCAUCUGGAUCCUCAGUGCUGGGGAGUCAAUGUCCAGCCUUACUCAGGCUCCCCUGCAAACCUCGCUGUGUAUACUGCCCUGGUGGAGCCCCAUGGGCGCAUCAUGGGCUUGGACCUGCCAGAUGGAGGUCAUUUGACUCAUGGCUUCAUGACAGACAAGAAGAAAAUCUCUGCUACAUCUAUCUUCUUUGAAUCUAUGCCUUAUAAGGUGUACCCAGACACUGGCUACAUCAACUAUGACCAGCUGGAGGAGAAUGCCAGCCUCUUUCACCCGAAGCUGAUCAUUGCAGGUACCAGCUGCUACUCUCGGAACCUGGACUACGCACGUCUGCGAAAGAUCGCUGAUGAUAACGGGGCGUGUCUCAUGGCAGACAUGGCACACAUUAGUGGGCUGGUAGCGGCUGGGGUGGUACCCUCCCCUUUCGAACACUGCCACGUGGUGACCACCACAACCCACAAAACCCUGAGAGGCUGCCGUGCUGGUAUGAUAUUCUACAGAAAGGGUGUGCGCAGUGUGGAUCCCAAGACUGGCAAAGAGAUUCAUUAUGAGCUGGAGUCACUCAUCAACUCUGCUGUGUUCCCAGGCCUCCAGGGGGGCCCCCACAACCAUGCCAUUGCGGGUGUUGUUGUGGCCCUGAAGCAAGCCAUGACAACAGAAUUCAAAAUCUACCAGCUCCAGGUGGUGGCCAACUGCAGGGCUCUGUCCGAGGCCCUCACUGAGCUGGGCUACAAAAUAGUCACAGGUGGUUCUGAUAAUCAUCUGAUCCUAAUGGAUCUCCGUCCCAUGGGCACCGAUGGCGGAAGGGCUGAGAAGGUACUAGAAGCCUGUUCUAUUGCCUGCAACAAGAACACCUGUCCAGGUGACAGGAGCGCCUUACGGCCCAGUGGACUGCGACUGGGGACCCCAGCAUUGACAUCCCGUGGACUUUUGGAAGAAGACUUCCGAAAAGUCGCACGCUUUAUCCACAGAGGGAUAGAGCUCACUCUGCAGAUUCAGAACGACAUGGCCGUGAGGGCGACACUCAAGGAGUUCAAGGAGAAGCUGGCAGGGGAUGAGAAGUACCAGAGUGCUGUGAGGACUCUCCGGGAAGAUGUGGAGAGUUUUGCUUCCAACUUCUCAAUACCUGGCCUGCCCGACUACUGACAGCUAGCACAGCCAGCAUCUCCCAUGAGGGGAGGACUGCUCCAGGACCCCGUGAGCCCUGUCCCCUCUCGAGUGGACAACUGAGCCUGCACUGUGCUGUGGAGGGUUUCUGACCGGCUGUUCUCGUUUCAGAUUCUGGGACAGGCUACUAAGGACUAUAAAUUUGAAACUUCACUUCUCAGCAGCUUUAUAUAAUGAAUUAUUUGGGGAAAAAAAGUACUAUGUAGCCAUUUGAUCUCACUUAUUGACUGCAGCAUGAGGCAGAGCUAUUAAAGAUCCCAGAAUUCUCCUUUCUCUUUUCUCAGUGGGCCCUGUGGCAGGUAAGGAAAUGUCCAGGUUCACUCUUGUGUUUUCUAUUAUUCCUGUUCUGUUGCCCAGUAGGAUGCCAGAGGAGCACUAAGUUUUCUGCUCUGAGUUUGAUAUAUAAACUAGACAGAUGUAUAAGCAAGAAUUAAUGUCAGGUGCUGGAAAGAUGGCUCAGCUCUGGCUGCUCUUCUAGAGGACCCUGUUUGACCCCCAGCACCCACAUGAUGGAUCACAAUCAUCUGUAACUCCAGUUCCAGAGGAUCUAAUACUUUCUUCUGGCUUCUGAGGGCACUAGGCAAACAUGAGGAGCAGACAUGUGUACAGGUCAAAUAGCAAGUCACAUAACAUUUAGUUUUAAAGAAAAAUAACCUGCCAGGCGGUGGUGGUGCACGCCUUUAAUCCCAGCACUUGGGAGGCAGAGGCAGGAGGAUCUCUGUGAGUUUGAGGCCAGCCUGGUCAACAAAGCAAGAUCCAGGAAAGGCACAAAACUACACAGAGAAACCCUGUCUCAAAAGAAAAGAAAAAAAGGAAAAAUGACUGUCAGUCAGCAGCUUGAGGUAUGUUACAGAAGGCUAGAGGUGUCACUUAAGAGGUA